AUGACAGAGGCUCUCAACAACAUGUCCCAAGGCCUAAUCUUAAGGUCUGCUAAAUUCAACUCACAUGCAGAUCUUACUUGCGCGAUAGAAAUCACCGCCAGCGUUGUCGAGCAAACGCCAGAAGCAGAUGCCAGGCUAGGUAGGAUGCUUAUUACCCUAAGCCGAGCACACAUUCUCGAGCAAGAUAAUUAUGAUUACGAAAGCUCAGACUUGAACACUGGCUUAGAGAUUGCCGAGAGAGCGCUGCAAGUAACACCAAUUGGCAGCAUUGACCGAGCUAGAGCAUUGCAUGAGCACGCUAUUUGGGCACACUGGGACGAGGACCUCGAUCAGGCAAUUGAAGAUACUGAGAACGCCUUGACUCAUACCCCUGACCUGAGCAAAGCAGACAAACAGCUAUUUUAUCACUCCUUGGCCAUGUGGUUGGGAUACCGAUUUCAAAGGGCGGAGCAGCCCCAAGACGAUGACUUACGCAGGGCUGUGGAAUGUGCGCAGAGAGCUAUACAUGGCAUGUCAAAGAAGAAUCCAAGAUACCCUAAUGCGCUUCACACAUUGACUUUUUGGUUGAAGACGACUGCUUCAAAGUAUCCUGAAAAGUCAGAAUAUUUACGUCAGGCAAUUGAGGUGGCUGAAGAGGCAAAUGGACUUAGGCUACCCACUGAAGCCUAUAGUCAUAUGUAUCUCCGUGAGCUAUCUGAAUGUUUGCUCAUGCGCUAUGAGCGUGGGCGUAACACGAAGGAUCUCGAAGAUGCUCGUGAGCUUAUAGAGGAGGGUUUGCAAACAACUAUAGAAACAUUUCCCUUGUAUUGCAGAUUCCUCUAUCUCAUGGAAGUAGUGGAGGGGUUUGAAGAGGAAGUACAAAAGGGUGAAAUGAUAGAUAGCAAUCCCUCGGAUCUCAAUUCUUGA